GUGUGCCAGGUAAACUUAAUUAAAAAGUAUUUACUAAAUUAAAUGUUUAUUGUUCCAGUAUUACCAAAGUCCUAAUUUGGUACUAAUUUAAGACUUAUUACUGAAACGCUGACAGUUUUUUAUCAAUAUGCCGAAGGUAAAGAAUAUCGAAAAAUUAAAACACCCUAAUAGUCGAAAAACAAUCUCUCUUACGAAGAAAAUAUUGAAAACUGAGAAGAAAAAUAAUAACAAGCUCGGCACUCACAUCAAACUAAACUUGGUAGGAGAAAAAAUUAUGUGGUUCAAAGACAGACUGCCAGAGAACUGCUUAGUUUUGAGUAAGGAACAGAUUUUGGAAUUAAUCGAAACUUAUCUCGCGAGAUUCGACGAGGAGUUGGAACAGAUAGCUUUAAAAAACUCAGUCGGCAAAAGGAAAAACCGCCAACAUGCAAGUAGAGAGGACAUCAUAAAUAUUACAAAGAAAAGAGAGAGGGAAGAAUUUGAUACAUGCGGGCUGGAGAUGCCCGACUUCAUGGACCCGCAGCAAAUGGAAGUACUCCGCAGCUGGAAUGGAGAACUGCGCUUCCUACAGAACUUUAAAUUGAAACGCAUUGCAAAAAAGCAUUUACAUAUAUAGUGGAUGAAAUCAUACUUAAAUAAAACUAUACUAUCUAUUAAA